AUGAAGCUCUUCUCCACUGCUUCGUUAUUGUACGCCUUAGGUGCUGUUGGCCUCGUCGCUGCUGCAUUGCCAAAGGACGUUCCGUUGCGUUUGUCCCAGGGAUUUUGGCAUGCUCGCUUUUCCGUGGGGCCUCAAAACUUCAGUUUGACAGUCGACACCGGGAGCUUUGCGGUGCUGAUAAGCGAAGGUCUGUAUAAGCCGAACCCGACCUCGGUGCAGACGAACCAGGGGGAGUUUAUCCAGUUCAACGGGGCGAACGAGGAUGGCACGUUGUUUGCGUCUGAAACGUUUACCUUUGUCAAAGACAACGUCACAUUCGAUGACGUGGCCCUGGCAGGGUUCUUGGUGGGCAACAUCACCGACGGCGACCCUCUUGACGAGGAUGGCAUCAUAGGCUUCAGUCCGCCUGCGAGCGAAAUCACGGAUCCGAAUGACCCAACUUUCCUCGCAGGACAGUCGCUUGCCCAGGCUAUCUGCGAUCAGGAGAAUAUCUCCCCUUGCGAAUUCGGGCUCGCACUGAAGACAGACGGGACAGGAUCCCUCAUCUUCGGCCCCAUAGACGAGUCCAAAAUCAAGGGCAACCUUACGACGCAGAAGACACUGGCUUUCGACGCAUGGUGGGUCGUAAACAAUACCGAGGCCGAUUCGCCAUUCUUUGUGGUCGGCGACCAAGUCGUCACCCACAUCCAACCCAUUUUCGACAACGGGACGCCGAACGUUAUCGGCCCUCUCGACACUGUUCGCGCUGCUCUUGAGUCGGUAGGAUACGCAAUCAUAGAGACGACCGACGAUAACAAUGUCACCAACAUCUUCGGAACGUACGACUGCUCGUGCGAGCCAGCGCGGUUCGGCUUCAGCUUCCCGCCGAGUGCCGAAGUGCAUUACAUCGACCUGGGAGCGAAUGUGCUGAACCGAACGGCGGACGGCAAAACAUGCACGGCGAACAUCCUCGGAUCGUCCAUGGUCGAUGCGCCAACUUGGCAAAUCGGGCAGACGUGGUUCCAAGGGCGGUAUGUGCAGCAUAAUCUGAACACGAGCACGAUCGCAUUUGCGGAGCUCGCGUGA